ACGCCUCCACAGUCCACAGCGCACGCAUUGGUGAGCUGUGUGUGUUACUGGGAGUGUGAGGACUGAGUGCGUUGUGGAGGAGAGACAAGUUAACCUCUGUCGUCUUGUAUCGCUGGCCCGGCGGCAUGGCGAGGUGGUGUCCCGCAAGGCGUCUCCUGGGACUGACCGUGUUUGUGGCGGUGGUGGCUUGGUGUUCAGGAAAUUACAUUAUCACCACGCCGAGGAAGUGGGCAGAAGCGAGCGCCGCCCAAGUGUGCCUGUUCAACGUGGGCGGAGGCGUGGAGGAGGUGGAGGCGCCCGUUGAGGGAGUGGAGGUGAAGGUGGAAGGCGAGCACAGGAGUGCGGAUGUGCUGGUUCCUCCUCAGUUUGUCUCCAUUCCUCCGGGCCAGACGGAGGUGUGUCGGUCCAUCCCAGUACCGGCGGUGGAUCACAUGAGGGGCAAACUCCACAUCAACGGGACACUGGGAGGCAAGUCAGUCACCCACACUGAAACCAUCAAGUUCGCCGCAGCCUCUCAGACAUUCGUACAGACAGACAAGUUCCUUUACGCCCCGGGACAGAAGGUGCAGUUCAGGAUCCUCACCGUUUACGGGCCUUACCUUAGAGUUUUCACAGGCAUGUACCCGGAGAUGUGGAUCGAGUCCCCGUCCGGCAGCCGCAUCGCCCAGUGGGUCAGAGUGGAGAGCCCCGGGGGUCUGAUCCACCAGGAGUUCCAACUGAUUAACGAGCCCGAGGAGGGGACGUAUAAGAUCCAUGUGGAGUCGCCAGUGGGAGGAUCCAAGGCGGUGCAGACAUUCAAGAUAGAGGAUUUUGUGUUGCCGCGUUUUGAAGUCACCCUGCAGUCACCACCCUACAUUCUGGCUACUACCAAGAGUCUGCACUACCGAGUUUGUGCUAUGUACACGUAUGGCCAGCCAGUAAAGGGAGAAGUGACCUUUGACAUCCGUAAACCUGACCACUACAAAGUAACAAGACCGAUCACCGGCUGUGAGAACUUCACCAUUGCCAUGAGCACCUCCCUAAGCACCAGUUAUGGCCACUCCACCGUCAAUGUGGUGGCCAAGGUGGUGGAGGAAGGCACGGGGGAGGAGGCGCAGGCUACAGGACAGAUAGAUGUACAGCGGAAGGUUCUUAAAUUCAAGCAUGUAGGGAAGGAGGAGUAUGUCAAGCCUAAUCUUCCCUACACUGGCCAGUUCAAGGUGACACUGCCCUCAGAUGAACCAGCUGCCAACGAGCUGAUGACAAUCUGCAAAGGCGACACCUGCAGGAAUAUCACCACUGACGCUAGAGGGUUAGUGGAAUACAUCUACCCGAAGCAUGAGGAUUUCUCCAUAGAGAUCUCCUCACCAAGAUACCCGCGAAUUGAAAACCCCGAAAGGUCCUGGAGCCCAAUUAUGUACAAGUCAGCCGACAGUCACAGAGUCAAGACCUACUACUCCCCUUCAAACUCCUCCCUUGUGAUCAAAACCCCGGAGGUCCAGCUGAGGUGCCACGCUGGGGAGACACAAAACUUCACGGUCUCUGUCAUGUAUGCUGGCACGAGGGACUCUAAGGCUAACUUCACCAUACAGCUUGUCUCUAGAGGUCAAAUCCAGUUCACUCACACUGAGGAACACACCCUUACUGACACCGACCUCCCCAUUGACUCCUCCCUGCUGCUGGUGCCCCUGCCGCCCGCCACUGAGGGUGUAGCAAGGGGUGUGCUCAGCCUGCCCCUCACCAUUCACCUCACAGCCUCCCCAUCUGCUAAGGUGCUGGUCUGGUACACACGGCCAGACGGUGAGGUGGUGUCAGCAAUGCAGGAGAUCCGAAUCAAGAAGUGCCUGACCAACUUGGUGAGUCUUGCCUGGUCCACUAAUAAAGCUGAGCCUGGCGAGGAGGUCCACCUUGACCUUAAUGCUGAACCAAACUCUCUCUGCAGUCUGGGUGUGGUGGACAAGAGUGUGGAGCUUCUGCAGUCAAAUGAGGACCACCUAACACUGGAGGGUGUGUUUAAGGUGGUCAAGAAGGCAAUAGUUGGUGACACAGAGAACUCACAGAUUAACGAUAAUGAAUACUGCCAAAAAAAGAGGGAGGAAGAUGAAGCAGACACCACUGAUCCUCUACGACCAGGAAUGCCCAUACCCUUUGCUGAGGAGGAGCCUGCUGGAGUGGUGAAGAGGUCCAUUUGGCAUCCCUACGGUCACUAUACUGAGGGUGUGGAUGCCAUUAAAAUGUUUGAGAAAUCUGGACUAUUUGUGUUUACGGAUCUGAAGGUGGAGAACAGACCCUGCCACUUUCGUGCUUUGGUGGUUAGGGUUGCAUAUCGUGCUCCAGCAAGUGUUGCAGGAAUGACCCUUUUGAGAUCCUCCAGUGCUGGAGUGUCUCCCGAUACUGACAUCAGAUCAAUUUUCAAAACUGGACAGGAAAGAGAAGUGGCAAUAGAACAAGCCUCCCUCACUACCUUAACCAAACAGUCUGAGGAGUCGACCAUUCGCUCCCACUUCCCCGAGACCUGGCUGUGGUCGCUGUCUCUUCUGACAGCUGCUGGGAACAGCAGCCAGGCGCUCACCCUACCACACACCAUCACUGAGUGGAUUGGCAAGGCAGUGUGCGUCCACCCAGAGAAAGGUGUCGGCUUGUCAUCAAAAGAGUCCAUUACCACCUUCACCCCCUUCUUUGUUGACCUGACCCUGCCUCCCUCUGUGCAGCGCGGCGAGAUCCUCCCUGUCAAGAUAUCAGUGUUUAACUAUCUAGAAGGAGCACUGCCGGUCAAAGUAGUGUUAUCCGAAAGCCCAGAAUAUGAGAUCUUAGAGGACCCUCUGGCCACGACUGUCAAGGGUAGUGCUUCUUCCUGCAUUCCAUCAAAGGAGAAGGUUGUGUUCACCGUCAAGAUCCGCCCCAAUGCUCUAGGGGAUGUGAAUCUGAAUGUGGAGGCUUUCGUGGAUGAGUUAUUCCCUGAGGAUUGUGGAUCUGAGUAUGUCAUCAGUAAGAGGGACCACAUCAUCAAGCCCAUCCGUGUUGAGCUUGAAGGAUUCCCACAGGAGAAGACCUGGACCAAGUAUAUGUGUACUGAUGGUGUGGACAACGAGGAGCAACUAGUGUCCUGGCAUCUGGAGGCACCAUCAAACAUUGUCCCUGACUCAACAAGGGGAUGGAUCACUGCUGUUGGAGACCUUCUGGGACCAACACUUGAUAACCUUGGCUCGCUGGUGCGGAUGCCAUACGGGUGCGGAGAGCAGAACAUGGUCAACUUUGCUCCGAAUAUCUUUGUCAUGCAGUACUUAGAGGCGGCAGAGAAGACCACGGCAGACAUCGCAACAAAGGCCAUUGAGUUCAUGAAGAGUGGAUACCAGAGGGAGCUACGCUAUCGCCACAAGGACGGAUCAUUCAGCGCCUUUGGUCCCAGUGAUGAGUCAGGCUCUACUUGGCUAACUGCAUUUGUACUAAAGUCCUUCGCCCAGGCCCAGCAGUUCAUCCCGAUUGACACGGGCGACAUUGACAUGAGUCGGGAGUGGCUCAAGAGAGACCAGAUGGAGAAUGGCUGCUUCCUCUCCAAGGGCAAAGUCUUCCAUAAGUCCAUGAAGGGAGGCAUAGCGGGUAAUGAGUCACCAGUACCCCUCACAGCCUACAUCCUCACUGCACUGCUGGAGGCUGGAGAGCUUAUUGUGAGUCGGCCGAUCAGUGAGGCUGCAUUCUGUCUGGUCUCCGAUAAGAGUGAGGACCCCUACACACUGGCACUCAAGGCUUAUGCUCUAGCUCUGGCUGAAGCACCCGAAGCAGCCCAAUUCGUCGUUCAACUCAGGGGCAAGGCAACUGUGUCCACAGAAGGCAUGUACUGGGAAAUGCCUCCAGUUAAUGGGAAGAGUGCGGCAGCGGGGGUGGAGACGGCAGCCUAUGCCCUCCUAGCUAUGGCCACCCUGAGCCCGGUAGACUACCUUAAUGACAUGCAGAAGUUGGUCAAGUGGAUCUCCAGUAAGAGGAACGGACAGGGCGGCUUUGUCUCCACUCAGGACACAGUGGUAGCCCUACAAGCCCUGGCCAAGUUUGAGAUGGUGCUGGGCCAGAAACCAGUGGACGUGGCGGUACUUGCGUCCUCCGCCAGCCUGGAUCACUCCUUCCGCAUCACCGAAACCAACAGACUCCUCCUGCAGCGUGUCGACCUGCCCUCCUUCCCCACAACUGUCACCGCUGACCUGGCUGGGGAAGGGUGUGCGUUGGUGCAGGCUGUCCUCCGCUACAACAUUCCUGAGGAGGAUCCCAGCACGGCCUUCAACCUCACCGCCACCACACAGACGGUCAGAGAUGACAAAUGCAUCACCAAACGCAUCAGAGCCUGCGCCUCCUACACUCUGCCGGACCUCAAAUCUAACAUGGCUGUCAUCGAGAUUAACCUGGUGUCUGGCUACAUACCAGACAAGAAUGAUCUGAAGCAGGUGGUUGGCUACGGGACGGGUCUGAUCAAGAGGUACGAGGUGGACGGCAGGAAGGUCACAUUCUAUAUUGAUGAGUUCUCCCCUGAGGAUCUCUGUGUGGCCUUCAAGGUGACUCGCGAGGUGGAUGUGGAGAACCCAAAGCCAGGAACGGUCAGGGUGUACGACUACUACGACCCGGACCAGUUUGUUAGUACGAGCUACACCUUCCCGCCCAAUGAGGAGUGUGCGUCGGGUUCUGAUUUGGACGGGGUGGAUAUCUUGGUGAUCCCCAGUGAUGACAUUGCCGUUGACUACAUCGAUUAUCUUGUCUAAUAAGCAUCACGGCUCGAGGGAUUAGCCGGGGAGAUGUAAGGCUGUGAGGGACUUGCUGGUGUCUCUCGGCUGCUGUCACACCACACUAGACCUAUCAAUUUUAGUCAUAUGUGCCUUCCUCUGCCUCUCCUCUGUCUCUUUCUCUACUUAAUUAUUUUCCUCUAUUUCAUUUUACUCUCACCUUCUCCUUUUUCCGUCUCUCCUCCAUGUUCUCCUUUUUCUUCUUUCACUACAUCUAUGACGUCUUCUAAAUCUUUCUUUCUUUUUCUUUUUUUUUUUACUUUUCUACUUCAUUUUACUCUUUUUCUCUUUUUUCUAGCUCUCCUCCAUAUUUUCUUUCUUCCUUUUUCAGUGCAUCUAUAACAUCUCUCAAAAAUUUUUUUUUCUAUCUAUCUUUCUUUUCACUCCUGACACACACACACACAAUACCUCUGCCUCCUCCUUCAUAUAAUUCUCCCUGGCUUUUUCUCUUUUUCCCUUCUAUCUAUCUUCUCUUACUUCCCUUUUUCUGUCUCUUGCUCCCUCUACUCCUUCAAUUCACACUUUUAUAAUUUUUUUCUAGCUCACCACCUCCUCCUCCUUCUCCUCUUUCCUUGCAUCUCUAACUCUUUUGCAUAGAGUUAAUGACAGAAUUUCCACAUUAUUAACCAGGGAAGCACUCUUGAAAACCCAGCCAGUCAUCUCCGUAACUUUGGAAAACAGUUGUUGUGAGAGAACAGAGCAUUUCUCAAUAAACAAACCCCUAUCUUAGAACUUUCAAAAUGCCCCUGUUGAAGAUACACAUUUUUUAAAGCUGUUUUCUAUGGAGUUAGUGACAGAAUAACAUGAUUUCCACAUUAAUACCCGGAGAAACACUCUUGAGGACCUGGCUAGACAUCUCUGUGGCCUUGGAAAACAGUCCUGGUGAGAGAGCACUGUCCAAAGAGGAACCUGUAGCAGAGGGGCAAUUAACAACACAACAAAGUCACAACACACACACACACAUAGUCACGUUGAUGUUAAAAGAUUUGAGUUUAUUUUUAUCACUGUCAGUUUGUCUUGUGAUAGUUAAUACAGAGCCAUCGUCAUUGUGAAACGCUUAUUGUUGUUGUUGUUGUCUAUGUAAUGAGUAAUAUUAAAACAGAUUCCUGGAUGUU